AGAACAGAAUGGGAUCAAGCACAGAUCCCUUUGGGGACACCACUACAGAUGUGGGCUGAUUUUAUUGAAAUGAUUUCAUGACAGGAAAUGACCAUCAGAUUCAGAAAAAUGAAUGACCCUUUACUAGAAUAAACAGUAGAUUUUUGAUAAACAGCCAUUUCAAUUCAUUUUAGCUGGCUGAGAGAGUGUAAUGAGGAGCAUCCACACAGAGGUUAAAAUAAAACAAGCAAAAGGGGCUAGUAAAACUAACAACAUGUCAAAAGGCGAUGGCGAUGCCAGGUGAAUGUUAUUUAUAAAUGAAAUGGCCACUUUCCAAAACAGUGGGAGGGGCGUCACACUCUUAUUUUGAUGUUCUUUGUUUUCCCCUACUUCCUGCUGUAAUCCAAAUGUCAUAAUCUAUAUCUUGUUUGCAUAACCACCACUACUUUGACAUCCCAUCAUUUUCCUUUGACGCAUUCCAGAAUCCAGAAACAUCAUGCUCUCCCUUCCUCUUUCCACGUUUGUCUCUUUAAGACCCUCCCUCUCUCCCGCCUUCGGUCUCCUCUCUCCCUCCCUCUAUUCUGCCUGCCAGUGUUCUCACACUGUCAACUUCAGUUUGACAGCAACAGAGCACAUCCGGUUUUUACAGGACUUUAAGCUUCUGUAAGAGUCACACACCUCUGAAGAUAAGAGCAGUGAGACUGCCCUCUCUCCUGCAAAGGAAGACAACAUCAAGACAGAGCUUGUGUCAUGAGGUGAAGUCUUUCCCAACUCAUCUAUAAACAUGAGGUUAUGUGAGUCUGUGAGAAGUUGGAGGUGGCUGGGUUGUGCUGGAGCAUUCAGGGUCGGAGUGGGAGUAAUGCUGCUGGGGCUUAGCCUGGCCGAGUCCGUCCCUCCACAGGCCUCCUGCGCAGCAGCCCCACAGAACCUCACCCAGCCCCACUAUCAAGAUGUGACACACAGUGACACCAAUGUGGGCUUUAUGGCAACUCUGGUCCACUCCUUCCUCAACACAGUCCAACCACAGCCAUUUUCUGGAGAUUUGAUCCUGCAAGUUGUUGAUGAGGCUGUGAAAAUGCAGUUAAAUCAAGAAGUCAUCCAUAAAAUCCUGAUGUAUAAAGUAGGCUUCCUGGUGUGUGCAGCCAUUGGCGUGGUGUAUAUCAUUCUGAUGCCCACAGUUGGUUCCUUCUUUGCAUGCUGUCGCUGCUGUGGCAAAUGUGGGGGGAAGAUGUACCAGAAGCAGACGUCCUCCAUUCAUUGUAGCAGAAGAACUCUCUACUGGAGUGCAUUUGUCACCACCGUCAUUAUCCUUGCUGGCAACAUCUGCAUGUUCAAAAGCAAUGAAGCCUUAAAAAUGAGCGUGGACCAGAGUCCAGAGCAGAUCAACAAAUCUAUAGACAACAUCUGCACCUUCCUCACUGCUGUGCCUCAGCAAGUCAACUAUGUGGUGAAUGAGAGUAACACAGUCAUACAGGCUGUUGCCAGUAACCUAGAUGCCAUUGGGCAUCAGUUGGGAACAAAGAUCCAGCAGCAGUUCAAUGGAACCCUGGCACCAGCACUGCACUCACUUAGACUUCUGGACCAGGAGACCCUAAACACCAGUGUUCAACUGUACAAGCUGAAUGAAUCUUUGGUGCAGCUACAGCACAGCCUGGAUUCUCUCCAGGCCAAUGUCACCGCUGUUAAAAAUCGCAUCAAUCAGACUUUAUCCAAUCCAGACUGCACCGGCUGUGGCAACCUGCAGACUGAGCUACAGAGUCUAACUCUGAACACCUCCAUCAGCAUUCCCAACUUGAAUGAGUUCCAGUCUGCAGUGGAUAAAGUCAUCAAAAUUAACCUCACAUCUAAAAUCAAAGAGGUGGAAAACAGUUUCAACAACAUACCCCAGACGGUGACCAAUGAGACCAGGGAUCUAGUUCAAAGCAGCAAGCAGCAGCUAGGUGACAUAAAAACACAGAUCUCCAAAGUUACCAGUGACAUCCCUUUAUCUGCUCUGGGGAACGUGUCAAAUACUCUGAACCAGGUGAAGAAAGAAAUCGGCAGGGUCACCCCACAGGCUGAAAAGGCAGAAUAUAUCGGAUGGAGUGUGGGUAUAGCCAUAUGCUGCGUUGUCCUCUUGGUGGUGGUGUGUAAUGUCUUGGGUCUGCUCCUGGGCCCUGUGGGUCUGACACCCAGAGCAGACCCCAGAAAUCGCUCCUGCAUGGCAGAUUGUGGAGGAACCUUCCUUAUGAUGGGUGCAGGUUUCAGUUUUCUCUUCUCCUGGCUGUUCAUGAUAGUGGUGUUGCUGUUGUUCCUGGUGGGCGGAAAUGUUUACACCGUAAUCUGUCAGCCCUGGAACAACAGACAACUGCUAAAGAUCUUUGAUUCUCCAAACUCACUUCCAGGCUUGGAUAUUAGUCAAACCUUAGGACUGAAAACCAACCUCAGUAUCUUUGCUAUCUAUAGUGACUGUAAACAAAACCAACCUCUGUGGACAACACUCCACUUGUAUGAACUCAUAAACCUCGAAGAUCUGCUUAAUGUAUCUAAAUACACAGAGCAGAUCCAGCAGCAGUUUGAGAAGACAAACCUCAAUCUGUCAUCCAUCACUCUUCUGAGUCCUGAAGUUGAAAACCAACUCAGGACCUUCUCCACCAAGGCUACACAAAUUAACACCACUGCUACCGCACAAUCGAUGAACAACAUUUCCAACAUCAAUCUGAAUACAACGGCAAAUAAACUUGACAGAGCUGCUGAUACAAAAAGUGGCAAUAUUCAACAAGAGCUCCGGAAUGAGGCCAGGGACCUGAGGCAGAUCCAGACCAACAUAGAAACAAUCAUUAACCCACAAAUAAAAAACCUGAACUCGACCAUCCACAGCCUUCAACUCAUCACUGAAAAAAUCACUGGAACAGUGGGGGAGGUGCUGAACAACACGGGCAAGGCACAAGACUUCCUCAACACAAAUACAACACAGAUUGUCAAGACUGAAAGCAGAAAGUUUCUGAACUGCCAGCUGAAUCUUUUAACUGCUUAUGCUGACUGGGCCAACAUCAUGAUCACACAGGAGCUGGGCCGCUGUGGGCCGGUGGCAGGAGCUGUGGACCUCGUGGACCUCGUCCUCUGCUCACAAGUGGUGGAGUCUCUGAAUGCUUUCUGGUUCAGUCUGGGCUGGUGCCUGAUCUUCUUCAUCCCCAGCAUAAUCUUUUCUAUCAAACUAGCCAAGUACUACCGAAGAAUGAAGCACUCUGAUGCCUAUGACAACCAAAUUAGCAUGACCAACAACCAAAUUAGCAUGGCCAACAUCCCAUGGGACCAAAUGAAAAUCUCCUGAGAGGACGGCAGGUGUGUGGUACAGCUUUUCAGGCACUACUGUGGCAUCGCUUGACAAAAUAAAAACGUGGUGCACUCCUGCACAGAUGUGGCACAUUGUUACUCUGAAGAAAAGUCUCAAACUGAGAAAAGAAAAAGUUAUGUUACCUACUUAGGCCUGUUUGAUUUCAGUUUUCACCAUCCGGUACAUUUCAUAUACUACACACUAACAUCUUUGACUUGACCUCAGGGGCGCACAGGGCAUAAGGGGAUCUGCAGGGAUUUUUUCACACCUUUUAAAUGAACAUAUUCAAGAGAUUAGUUUUAUCUGUAUUACCUAAAUGUUUUGUAUGUAUUUAAUAAUUUAACUGAACCUGCUGCUGGACUUUAAGAAUACACAGUGAACAACAAACCUGAGUACACUCCUAGUCAGUCUGACUAAAAUAAUUACACAUCCUGUACAUUUUAUAUUUGAUCUGUUUUCAGCCAAAGCCCAGGAAGAAUGAAUGCAAUUAAUUUGAAUUGUUGGAGUGGUUUUGCUGCUCUACCUACUAUUUAAAAUAUCUAAAAGUUAUUGUCUUGGAUUUAGGUCACUUGGCCACAUCAUAGUUUUCCUUAUUUUAUUCUUUAAAAACACAAUUUUUGCAGUGUUUUGGAUCAUUGUUGUGUUAAAGAAUUCCUCACCCUCAAAGUUUCUUGAGACUUGGAGUCAUCUUUUCAUCCAGUGUUUGGCUAUGCAAACUUGCAUUCGGAGUGUCAUGCCACCUCUACAUACUGUGUCAUCUCCCGUACACCUUUUGGACUCGUGCAGCCCCAUAUCAGCACAACGCCACCUCUGUGUUUUACGGUUGGUACUGUGGUUGUCCUGGUAGUCCAUACCAAACAUACUGGAUCUGAUCCAAACUAAUUUGGUUUGAGUUCACUUCACCAAUUUCCACAGAUAAUCCUUGUGCCAAGUCAGAAGCACUUGACCUAUUUCAAUAUAAAAUUGUGUAAACAGCAGUAAUCUUUGAAUAAGGCGCCUGCAACUUUUGUUAUUGUUAGUAUGGUUCUUCCUAACUGUAGCUGUGUUUUAGGUUGCGUUCAGCGGCCUACUGAUGCUCUUGUGCCUGUGACUGACUGCGACUGUCUUUGAUGACUGUGCGAUGGUACCAUUGGGUGAUAUUGCACAGGAGUGUACUCAGUUUUAGUGUACACUGAACACUUCCCAUUUUAAAUUCAGGUCGUUAUUUGUUGAGAGGUGAUUACAUUUAUACAUUUUGUAAUUUCGGUGUGUAGUGCUUUCAGACAGUGCGGCAGCGUGCUACUGUGCCAAGUGGCAUUUGUAAUGUACCAGCCUCUGUCUGUUCAUCACCUUUGCUGUGCAACCAAAUUUCAAUUUUAAUUAAUUAUAUUUGAACUAAUGUUGGAAAUCAAAGCACAGCUCCUUGGGUGAAUCAUUUCGUAUGAUAAGACCGAAACCUUUAUUACUACAACAUUAUUUGUGUGCAAAUACUGUAUUUUUGUGACUACGGCAUUUGACUGAUGUGAUUCAUGAAUUGAUAGUGAUGAUUUUUCUACCUUCCACUACUUUGUACUUUGUAUUUUAUCUUUCUGUUUGCACUCCACUUUAUAUUGUUCAGUGUGAUAAAAAUAAAUCUGUGAACA